GAUCCUCUUCUUCCCGCACAUUUCGCAUCGCGUCCAAUGCUUCAUAGUUCCACACGCAGCGCCGCGGCCGCGUGACAUCGCUAUGGACCAUGGCCAUGGCAAUGGCAAAUCCUGCACCCCUCGCUACCUUCUGCUCGCAACCUCGAACCCUAACGCCAUGCAAUUCACUCCGAGGCUUCGGAGUAAUAGCCCACUCCAGAGCCCUGGCCCUGACCGCGACACCGGUGUGCUCCUUCCGCCUUCGCGUACGGGCCUCCAAAGGCAGCUCACCACCGCCGUAUCCGCUAUCUGAGGUUUUCCCCUACGUUGCCGCGGAGUGGCGGACCAUCGCCAAGGGGUGGGCGUGCGCCGCCGUCGCCGUGUAUUGCCUCUCGCGGGCGGUGCCAGCCGCGGGGCGCCUUCCGCGCGUACUCGCCGCCGGCGUAGGCGGGAGCGCAGAAGGACAGAUUCCCAGAGGCGUGGUCACGGUCGCGGCGCUCGCCUCUGCGCACGCCGCAGCGGCGUACGUGCAGCAGGCAUUGCUCUGGGAGGCGGCGCUGCGGGUGGUAUGGCGCCUGCGGGAGCACGCCUUCGAGCGAGUGCUUGCACGGGACCUCGCGUUCUUCGAUGGCAGAGAAGGGAUGGCUGCGGGAGAUAUCGCGCACCGGAUCACGGAUGAGGCGGACGAUGUCGCGGACGCUCUGUACUCUGUUCUCAAUACAAUUGUGCCAACAAGUUUGCAGUUGAUAGCAAUGGGUACUCAAAUGGUGGCAAUAAAUCUCCAGCUCUCAUUAGUUGCAGCGAUGGUAAUUCCAUGCAUGUGCAUAGUCAUUGCAAAUCUGGGAGAAAGACUCCGUCAAAUAUCCAAGAAGGCGCAUCUUAGCCUUGCCAUGCUCGCAGCCUAUCUCAAUGAUGUACUCCCGUCGAUUCUCACUGUGAAGGUAAACAAUGGGGAGCACAAGGAGAUAUUAAGAUUCCAUGAGUUAGGUUUUGGUGAACUGAAGAAUAAUUUGGAUAAGAAGAACAUGAAAGCUCUCAUACCUCAAGCUGUUCGAACAACAUACAUCGUAGGCCUGGUAGUGCUCUGUGCUGGUUCAAUAGCAGUUUCUGGAACAACAUUUGAUGCCGAGGGCUUUCUGUCUUUCCUAACAGCACUUGCGCUUUUUGUUGAGCCUAUACAGGAUUUGGGCAAGGCAUACAAUGAGUACAAGCAAGGAGAACCAGCAUUAGAACGCAUAUUUGAUCUAACAAGAUUCAUCCCUCAGGUGAGGGAUAAACCAAGUGCGCUUCAUUUAAAAUCUGUUAUGGGAGAUAUUAAGUUCCAGGAUGUUACAUUUAGAUAUGCAGCUGGUAUGCCUCCAGUAGCAGAUGGAGUGAAUCUUCAUAUCAGACCAGGAGAAACUGUUGCUAUUGUUGGACCAUCAGGUGGAGGGAAAACUACUAUUGCCAAGUUACUCCUCCGCCUUUAUCAUCCACAAACAGGAUAUAUAGUUCUGGACAACCAUGAUAUUCAAGACAUUCAGCUGCAAUGCUUGAGAACACAUAUUGCUUUUGUUUCACAGGAUGCGAUGUUAUUUUCUGGGACGAUUGCUGAAAAUAUUGCUUAUGGAGACCCCAUGGGAGAUAUUAAUAUGAGAAAAGUUGAGAAUGCUGCUAAGAUUGCCAAUGCUGAUGAGUUCAUUAAGAUGUUGCCAGAGGGAUAUGAUUCAUAUGUAGGACAAAGAGGUUCUAGUUUAAGUGGCGGGCAAAAACAAAGGUUAUCUAUUGCAAGGGCAAUCUACCAGAACUCUUCCAUACUGAUAUUGGAUGAAGCAACGUCUGCUUUGGAUAACAGAUCUGAGCUGCUGUUGAAAGAAACACUGACGACUUUUAUGACAAACCACACUGUUCUCAUAAUUGCCCAUCGACUGGAAAUGAUCCUGAUGGCUGAUAGAAUUGUUUUACUAGAGGGGGGUAAAUUGCAAGAGAUCACAAAGUCAGCUUUCUUGUCUGGAGAUGGCCACUUUGGUUCACCGGAGGUCUUGAAUCCAUAACAGACUGGGAGUGGCUUGAUACUUAGGGGGGGGAGCUGGUUUACGGUAACGGGGAUGUCUAGGCACAUGCAAGAUUGAUGAUGAGUGGUCUACGAUGCGGACAAAGGGGGGAAACGUUAUUAGCAUGAUUGGAUGCUGGAAGCAGGCAUGAGCUGGACGUUUCUUGCGGAUGCCCGUAAAUCAACCAAAUCCUCGACAAUCAGUCUACCUCUCCAGCAGAAAACCCCCCUUGUAACUCAUUUGUGCUCCAUGCCUUAAUUUGGGAUUCCAGAUCGCUGAAUGUCAGAAUCAGGUAAGCAAACUAAGUAGUAAUAUAGUUAACGAUACUAUACCAAAAAAGAGAGAGUCAGCAAAGGAUGCCUAAAGCUAUGAAAACACAUUAUUAAAUGCUAAUCACAGCUGCAACAAUAGAUCUGGGACCUGAGGAGCAAUUUCGCAAGCUACACUCUCCAAAAUCUAGAUGAAUCUCGGCUUGAUGUAUAAUCUCUGGUCCAGAAUUAAUGCUGCAUUUUAAUUUUACGCCCGCUAGUUGCGUGUUU